GGGGCGGGGUCAACCACUUCGCGGGGUUAGAGACGGCUUUGGAAGGCCAGUGCGUAGGGUUAAGAACGGGGUGUGUGCAUCUAAUUGUCUGCUGACGCCUCCCCCUGGAUAAACUCAGAACUUCCACUCAAGACGCACCUCCCUCAGCCCAGGUGGUGUUUACUCCUCAUCAGCCACUACUUCAUCCAUCCGUGGAUUUCCCUAAGCCUGCCUCUGUGAGGGGAUAGACACUAGAGAGUUCCUAGAAGACCUUACGACCUGAAGGGCAGUCAGCGCCCAGAAACUAGAACUUCCGGAAUCCUUUGCGCGCGGCUAGGGGGCGGGGAUUUGGGAGCCGUCUCCGGUUAGGAGAUGGCAGAGUCCUCGGGGUCUCCGCACCGCUGGUUGUACAAACAAGUGGGCUCGCCGCCCUGGAAAGAAGCUUUCAGGAAGAGAUGUCUCGAGAGAAUGAGAAACAGCCGGCACAGGCUCCUGAACAAGUACCGCCAGGCUGCAAGUGGUACACCAGGGAGAGCCUCAGACAGAUUGCUUGUGCAAGAAGUGAUGGAGGAAGAGUGGAAUUCUUUGCAGUCAGUAGAGAAUUAUCCAGAGGCCUUGAUUCAGUUGGGACUGCCAGGGGACCUAGCUGUGCUGCAGGACAUCGAACAGGAGCUGUGUGAUGAAGAAAAGUCCAUCAUAAGCGAGUAUGAGAAGAGCUUACAGUUUGAUGAAAAUUGUCUCAACAGCAUGUUGGCUGAGUGGGAAGCAAACCCCCUCAUCUGUCCUGUGUGUAUAAAGUACAACCUGAGAAUAAUGAACAGUGUGGUCACGUGUCCGUGUGGCCUGCACAUCCCAUUUCACUCUCCAGGGUUGACAGAGCAGAAGCUGCGUGCCUGUUUGGAGGAUAACAUAAAUGAACACGGUGCACACUGUCCCCACACGCCUGAAUUUUCAGUCACCGGUGGAACAGAAGAGAAGCCCAGUCUUCUGAUGAGCUGCCUGGCUUGUGACACUUGGGCUGUGAUCCUCUAAUCAUCCUGGCCUCACACUUCACUGCUGGGCUGACAACUCAUUCCCUCUGAGAGGGUCUCUGCAUGCACAAGCCUCUUGUAUAUAACUUAUUUUACAUUAAAACUGUUCAAACAUC